CUCCACCUUAUCGAGGCCGAGCGAUUCAACCACCUGCUGUAUACCGAAUUAGAACGGCUCUGGAUGGUCCACCCCGUUCCUUCGUCAUCAUGACCGCAGUGUCCGACUCCAUCAUUUUCCGCAACAUCUUUGCGACGCCAGAAUCCACUGCCAUAUGGUCUGACGAGCGGCGAACCGCAUAUUAUCUGCUCUUUGAGAAAUGUCUAGCUGAAGCGCAAGCUGAUUUAGGCAUUAUUCCACAGAAAGCGUGCGAUGAAAUCGUCAAGCGCUGCAAAACCGAAUACCUCGAUUGGGAGGAGCUCCGCAGACAGACCGAAAUAAUAGGAUAUCCCGUUCUGCCCGUUGUCAAGCAGCUUGUGAAGGGGGUCAACGAUGUUGAACCGGGACUUGGCGAGUACUCGCACUGGGGAGCAACGACGCAGGAUGUCACCGACACGGCUACCGUGCUACAGAUUCGGGACACGCUGCAAAUUCUUCAAGACGCAAUCAACGACAUAGUAAAGUCUACGAGAAUGCUUGCGGGAAGGCACAAGGAGACGCCAAUGGCCGCCCGCUCAAAUCUGCAACAAGCUGUGCCCAUCACCUACGGCUUCAAAUUAGCUCGUUUGUUGGCAACCUUUUAUCGCCACCAACAACGUUUGAACGAACUACGCGAACGCAUUUUGGUUCUUGAGUUCAGUGGAGCCGCGGGCACUCUCGCCACAUUGGACAAAGACAAUGCCAUGAAGUGCCAAAAGCUUUUGGCAGAGAAGUUGGGUCUAAAGGUCCCUGCGAUAGCAUGGCAUACCGAACGCGACAACAUCGCGGAGUUUGGUGCGUUUCUAGCAAUGCUCACGAGUACGUGUGCAAAGUUUGCACUUGACACCAAGAUACAGAUGAGCACCGAAGUUGGCGAGGUUUCGGAGCCAUACGUUCCACAUCGAGGGUCUAGCUCGACAAUGCCCCAGAAGCGAAACCCGAUCUCGUGCGCGUACAUCACGUCCAUGAAUGCCACCGUCCGCCAGCUGAGUGCUAGUCUGUUCGAGGCCAUGGUGGAGGACUUUGAGCGUAGCACCGGGCCGUGGGAGAUCGAGUGGGUUGUGCUCCCUCAGAUCUGCACGUUAAGCCAUGCUACCUUGAUGCAAACACGCAAUCUGAUUGAUGGGCUGGAAGUGCAUACCGAUGCGAUGCGCAAGAAUCUGCAGCUCACACACGGAGCCAUAGUAAGCGAGGCGGUCAUGAUGGAGCUCGGAAAAACGAUCGGGCGACAGUAUGCUCAUGAUCUGGUCUAUGACCUCUGUCGUAGAGCACAGCGUGAAGACAAAGCACUUGUGGACUUGCUUGAUGAGCACCCGGAAGUCAAUCUCACACGAGACAGGCUUCAGCAGCUCUGUGAUCCGAACAAUUAUCUCGGUCUGAGCGUAGAGAUGACCGAGCAGGUAUUGGAGCAGCUAAAGUAAGCCACGCGUUGAGAUUACGCCUGUUGUGAUCCUUUGAUCAUAAGAUGCCGCCUGAGGACAGUUGGUUUGCACGAUGGGCGUAAGUGCCGUUCACAACGUAAGACAAAAGGCGCCUCACGACAGGAAUGUUGCAGGUUGCUGCGUUGAGCAUGCUUUUAACAUUUGACGGAUAAGACUCCGCUAGCAAGUGAAAUACAAGCUUUCGAUACUUUUCUAAACAUGACAUAGCUC